GACCACAUGUUUUAGCCAACUUUACUCACUGCGCUCGCAAUGAUGAUCCAUUCAAUGCCCUUCGGACUUUCACAACUAUCAAGGCACCACUCCUCUAUAAGGACCGUGACCGGCGUUGGGAAUGCGAUCAGUUCUAUUCAAUUUCCACUACUAGGCAGAGUUCUGUACACACUGGAAAUCAAAGCCAUCAUGCCCCAUAUUUGCUCCAUCUCGCAUCUCCAGAGGUUAUUUUAUGUCCAAUCUGUGACACAGAUAGGUGUACUUCAAGUUUCCAACUAAGGAAUCAAGAUCGUAUGUCUUCUGGCCCCACUAUACCACAGGUUCGCGUUACAGUCUACGUGCUGCCCACCAUUGCUAUAGUCGUCACCCUCUUCCGUUUGUAUAUUCGAUAUACAAGGGGGAAGCUAUGGUGGGAUGACGCUUGGGCGCUUGUCUCCGCCAUGUUGUCGGUCAUUUUCUCAGUUGCUGUCGUCCUCCAUGUCAAAGAUCCCACUUCACUAGCACAGAACGUUAAAAUCGGUGUUUACUAUAUGUGUGCCCAGUUCUUCUAUGCCGUUAAUUGGACAGCCCGUGUCUCCAUUCUUUUUACAAUUAUUCGACUUUCCGUUGGGAACAUGAGACGGAUCCUCACCUUCAUAUCUUUUCUCUUCUUGAUUGCCUGGCUCAUUCUCUUCGCCCAAGUCUGGUGGGUUUGUGAGAAAGAGCCAGGAUGGAAGAACGCGACGAUCCCACAGUGUAUGCUUGGGGAGAAUGUCGCUAUCGCCCAGAUAACUGUUGAUGUUAUUUCGGAUGCGAUUCUGAUUGUCGCCCCCAUUCGUCUCCUGUGGCGCGUACACCUCGAAUCUUCAACCAAGAUCCGUCUCAUGGCUGUAUUUGGGACUACGCUCAUUACGACUGCCGUUAGUCUCUAUCAUGCCUAUGUUGUAUUUCGUAUCGGUGGGCUCCCAGAAGCCCGGGCCGCGACGAUCCAAACAUCCGUCAGCCUCUUGGUUGCAAACCUAUCUGUGGUCAUUGCAUUUAUCUUCAGGCUCAAAUCAGAUUCAGAGACCGAGAACACUGCGCCGCUCUCGAUCACAACUUUUGGAAAACGUGGGGGUAGACCGAAGGAGCCUAACCUUUUCUCGACUAUCGGGUUAGGAACCCAGGACUUUGGUGUGCUCGAAAGUACCCAGUCAAACGUCGGUGUCCAAGUCAGCCAGUCGACUCGUGUGGAUCUUCCCGGAGCGAGUGACACUACGAUCAUUGGGAAGUUCGGUCAAACAUCUGACGAUGUGUAUCAACUGAAGACAUUUGGAUCAUCGACCGCCUCUAUUCCGGAGGAGAAAUAGGUGGCACCACGAAAUGAUUCUGUCCGUAUUAGUGAC